UCGUGGAUGUAAUCACACUCGUUCCACACCUAACAGCUGGAUUCAUCACAUCGUCCGAAGCAUAUUUCAUCAGACGGCAAAGAAGCCUCAAAUAGUCCCUCCAGAGGACAUCAUUUUUCGUGGAUGUAAUCGCACUCGUUCCAUACCUAAUUCAUCACAUCGUCCGAAGCAUAUUUCAUCUUCUCUUCAAAAGAGAGAUUCCAGUGCAGCUACCCAAAGCCCAUCCAUGGAAUUCUUGGGAAGAUUUCAAUGCUGGUGGCAGUAGGUGACACUCACAAGAGGCUUAGAAAUGUGGCUCUCUCCCUAGUCACCACCACCAAAUCAAACCCUCAGUGUUUAAAUGACAUAGAGAGGACAGCCAUUGACAUACUUGAUUCAUGGAAACAUAAACACCAAGUCACUUUCUGUAAAGAAGCUAGAAAGUGAGAAAAGAAAUGGUGGGGAGUGUGGCUCAAAGAUGGAGGCUGCUCAGCGGCCAGUACAACUGGAAGAAACUCUUGAACCCUCUUGACAAGGAUCUCCGACCAUACAUCAUUCACUAUGGCGAGAUGGCUCAGGCAACCUAUGACACUUUCAACUCUGAUAAAGAAUCAAAGUAUGCCGGAAGCAGCAGAUACUCAAGGAAAAAUCUCUUCGCCAUGGUCGGUCUCACAUUAGGCCACCCAUAUCGGUAUACAUGCACAAAGUACGUGUACGCAAUGUCUCGUGUCGGUGUCCCAGAAUCAUUCAUCUUCAAAUCGUCGUCAAAGGAGGCUUGGUGUCAGCAAUCCAACUGGAUGGGGUAUGUCGCGGUGGCCACAGAUAAGGCGAAAGUGGCACUGGGUAGGAGAGAUAUAUUGGUAGCCUGGAGAGGGACAGUGCAGGAAUUGGAAUGGGUUAAAGACUUUGAUUUCCCAUUGACAUCAGCUGCUAAGAUACUCGGGAAAGAAGGCAAUCCUCAAGUGCACAGAGGAUGGCUUUCUAUUUAUACUUCAGAUGAUCCACAUACACGAUUCAAUAAAGUUAGUGCUCGUGAACAGGUUCUAACCGAGGUGAAGAGACUAGUUGAACAAUUCAAGAAUGAGGAAAUCAGCAUAACUAUAACCGGCCACAGUUUAGGGGCGGCCCUCGGAACGCUGAAUGCAGCUGAUAUUAUGGCCAAUGUAUUAAACAAGCGACUUGACAUGUCUAAAAAGCCCUGUCCUGUAACAGCCUUCCUCUUUGCCAGCCCACAUGUUGGGGACUUCCAAUUUCGAAAUGUGGUGCAGUCUAUGAAAAAUCUUCAUUUUCUACGUGUGAAAAAUGUCCCAGAUAUCGUUCCUUAUUAUCCGAUGUUCGGAUACACAGAUGUGGGGGAAGAACUAGUGAUUGAUACUCGAAAGUCCAACUUCCUGAAGAGUCCUGGAAAUUUCACGACGUGGCAUAACUUGGAGACUUAUCUGCAUGGAAUUGCAGGAACACAAGGGCCUCAAAGAGCGUUCCAUUUGGAUGUUAAACGGGACAUUGCACUAGUGAACAAAUCAAUUGAUGGUCUUAAAGAGGAGUACAUGGUGCCUGCUUCAUGGUGGUGUGAGAAGAAUAAGGGAAUGGUUCAACAAAAUGAUGGGUCUUGGAAGUUGGAGGAUCAUCAGAAUGAUGAUAGUGAGGAGGUUGACUACUGAAGUAGAUGAAAUACAUAGAAAAAAAGUUGCAACAUGAAGAAGCAGCACUCUUCCACGCCAUUACAAAGAUAAGAUCAGUUAUUUAUGCAAACUAUUAUUGCUAAUUAUAGUAAAUCUUUCCAAUUAAUUCCAUGUCUCUAGUCAGCUAAGUAUGCCCAUAAUGUUGUGAAAACAUUGAUACUUAAUAUCACAAAGCUUUUAGAGUUUUAAUUGUUCCAAAAGCUUAAAUUGUUGAAGAA